AAUUACAUUCUGACUAGACAAGUUUCAAAUUGUUUCAUAUGUUUUAUAAUAUUCUUAUAUAUACGCAUAUAUGGCCUGUGUCACAAUUCUGUAUCAUUCGUGCACACAAAAAACCAUCCUGCCCCAAUGUCACGGGAUCGAGAGAAGCACACUAGAAGCGUUCAAAGAGACGUGACAAGAAAAAAAGCAUUAUCGACUAUUCAGCGCGCGAGAAGGAUAGAGAGAGAAAGAGAGAAAGUAAAUAAGCAUAACUGCGCGUCGUCAGCAGUCAGCUGAUUCGCGAUUGCCAGCGUCUCGUCGCAAUACAGCGAUUAUUGUAUUGGUUUGGCUUUGUUUGGCGAUGCUAAAUUGCAUAUGUCUGGCUAUUUAUCACCCGUGAGAUGCUGAGAUUCCGGAAAUUAUUUCCACAACCCUGCUCAGUUAUCGCAAUGGUGCACGUGGGAGCGCUCCCUGAUUCAAAAAAAAGAAAUGUGUAUGUGUAUGCGUUCAGGAACACCAAGGUAUAGAGGCUGCACUGAGAAGAUCGUGGAAAACGCGGUAGAAGAGGCAUCAUUGUACGCGAAAUAUAAUGUGGAUGGCAUACUGAUCGAAAAUAUGCAUGACAUUCCCUACGUUAGGCAGAAAGAUCUGUCACCGGAGAUCACAACUAUGAUGACAAGAAUUUGUUUAGAAGUUAGAAAAGUUGUGCCGCAAAAUAUCGCAUGUGGCGUUCAGAUUCUCGCAGGAUGCAACAAGGAAGCGAUCGCGGUUGCCAAGGCUGUGGGAUUGCAAUUUAUUAGAGCCGAAGGAUUUGUCUUCUCUCAUAUAGCUGAUGAAGGCUUUAUUGAUGCAAAUGCCGGAACUUUAUUAAGAUAUAGAAGACAGAUUGACGCAAACAACGUUCUCGUCUUUGCUGAUGUCAAGAAAAAGCAUAGCUCGCACGCAAUUACUUCCGACGUGAGCUUAUUGGAGACGGUAAAAGCUGCGGAAUUUUUUUUAGCCGACGGCGUUAUAUUGACCGGUAACGUAACCGGAGAGGAAGUAAACGUAAGGGAUCUUACAGGUUACGAAAGAGGAACACCGUAUGUAUUGCAUCUUGCAGAAGUGCGGGAGCGCGUCGUGGCGAGGCUACCGUUGCUGAUCGGCUCGGGCGUGACGCUGGACAACGUAGACAAUUAUGCAAACGUAGCGGACGCGCUGAUUGUGGGAUCGCACCUGAAGAUAGCUGGCCGAUGGGAGAAUGCGCCUGAUCCGGAGAGAAUCCAAGCCUUUAUCGGACAUUUAAAAGGCCAACAGCGCCUAUGACAACACGCGAUUCUGUAGCCAGCGCGCGAGAAGCCAGCCAGAAACCGGCAGCUGUUCGACCAGCUGAGCGAGCUUCCACCUUCGAUUGGCUCCGCCGCCAUCAGGGCUGAAUAUUACGCAUCUGCGAAACUGGCGCUUUGGUGCCUGCGAAAAUCGCAACUGCAUACGAGAAGAAGUAUGUUUUGAAAGAGCAACUGAUUCUAAAGAAAAGGAUUUAAAUCCGUCAUUGUUAACGAUGUGUCAUGCCAAGUCGAAGCUUCGACGCGAUAAAAUCUUGAGGAAAGAUAGAUGAGACGAAGUCUACAAAAGAGUUGCGAAACGAGGAAAUACAAUAUGACGCUAGAUAUGACGCUAUUUGAGGAUUUAAUACGAUUUUCCAAGAGCAGAAGCCAAGAGAGAACAUAUAUAUUUUUAUAUAUAGAGAAUUUUAUUUUUAUAUAUAGAGAAAUCAUAAAAUUUAUUUACAAUUUGUUUUAAUAUCUUCAAAUGUGUAAGAUAAAAAUAAUCUUCAAAAUUCUUAUAAAUUCUUAACACAAAAAAUACUUCGAUACUAAUUAUAAAUAUCAGAAUUAUUAAAUAUAUAUUUAGAAUAUAUUUAGAGAAUCAAAAGAUAUAUACUCUCAAAUAGAAUUUCUAAACAAUCUUAAAUAUUUUAUUGGAAAUAUUUAAUCACAAAACAAAAAUAAAAUUAUAAAUGUCAAAUAGAAUAUA